AUGGCGAGCCCUAGAAGAGAAAUUACAGUUGAGGAGGAGGGCCAGGUCAGGGAAGCGAGCCCUAGAAGAGAAAUUCCAGAUGAGGAGACGGAGUUUAUUCCAAAACUGGUGUUUAUUCCCAAGCUGGAGACGGAGUUUGAUCCAGAGCUUGCUGUUGCUGCUCUCUCUGCAAUUAAGGAUGCUGCAGCUGCUGCUGCAAUCAAGGGAAAAGUUGAGGUGGGCUUUGAUCUUUGUUCCCAUAUUAGCUCAGUAGGUUUUCAGAUGAUUGAUGCAUUCACUGAGUCGCAAGAACUUCCAAUGAACUCAGUACAAUGCAAAGCUUUGUUUGGAGAAGGUUUGAUUCACGCCUCCCUUUUUGAGCCAGAAACAUUGAGAGGAUGCUUGUUGGGUUCAAGUUCAUGGAGUUGCACUGUUGUCCGCAUGUUACGUUGGGGAUACACCUGUUCUCCUUGCAAAGCCUCAAACUUAUAUGAACCUGAGUGGUUGGACCUCUUGCAGCUUAUUACAAACUACUUCAUAGCAAAGUUAUCAUGGUAUAUGAUGACAUGGACUUGCCUUGAGGAGUGCUUCGACUUCAACCAAAGUGAGGCCAUUUUAGCCACAACGGGAAUUGGAAGACCCCCUGGCCAAAUGGACCCAAAGACUUUCUUGCUAAAGAGGUUCAAUGCCACUGCUGAAGGGCGAGUAAGUAUGCCAGUAAGAAGCUGAAUCUUCUCCUCUUUUUUGCUAUUAGAUUCGCCUAGCUUCCUAGAAACUAUUCUUGGAGUAGAAGAUUUGAGCAAUUAGUUGUGGUGGUUUGGUUGGAUCCUGAAUGGUGUAACUCUCUUCGUGAUCACAGACUUGUACGCUUUGCAGCCAUAGAAAGGAUGAUCUUAUAUUCAUAAGCAAACCACAGUUCUGCCACAGAGCCUCCAGAAAAGCAAAACUUAUAUUUGCCCCCUUAGCAUGAUGGAAGCCAUGUAGUAGGCUACAACACCAAUCAACGACCUUAAUCCUCGUCUUGCCCUAAAAAACUUCCCUCUGCACCCUAAUCCGACCCUUAGCCAGGCUAGGCAAAGUCAAAUCGUACGACCCAAGUGGUCGAGUAUCCUGAGCUUUCAUUAUAAAGCUUUAGCACUGGUGCAUCCACUCUCAGUUGGGAACAAUCUAAACCAUAGAUGCAUAGCGGUGCAAGCGAGCUCCCGUAAUAGUAAAGACGCAAUUUGUAUAUCGCAAGUCACAACCGAUCAACCACAAGCUCUGUAAACUAUGAAAGUUGCGGAAACGGUCCACGUUACCUCCAGAGAAGCUAGGCAAUCGACAACCAUCUAAGUCCAACUUGAUAACGCUUUGGAAGUUGCACGGCCCAAACCCGACGGAGGUGAAACAAUUGUGUCUGAGCGAGGUGGGUUAGAUGGAAGCUAUCGUCGAAUGACUGAAAGAAGCUAGAAUCAACAUGUUCAAGUUCGGGUUACUCUGCAAAUCUUGCGACACCGGCGAUCGGAGGCAAAGGUAAGUAUCCUUUGGAGCAAGACAAGGGAGAAGCGAGAGUCUCUGUAUGUUUUCUAAAACUAUGGUAGUAACUCUCAUUUCACUAGAUCAGGUAGGUUUUCAGAUGAUUGAUGCAUUCACUGAGUCGCAAGAACUUCCAAUGAACUCGGUACAGUGCAAAGCUUUGUUUGGAGAAGGUUUGAUUCACCCCUCCCUUUUUGAGCCAGAGGAUGCUUGUUGAGUUCAAGUUCAUGCAAAUUGAUGAGUUGCAUGUGGAGUAUAUAUCAAUUACACAUAUUCUUGCUUCUUCCCUGUCUUGCUCCAGAUGAUACUUACCUUUGCCUUUGAUCGUUGGUGUCGCAAGAUUUGCAUAGCGUUGCCCGAACUUGAACAUGUUGAUUCCAUCUUCUUUCAGCCAUUCCAUGAUAGUCUGCAUCUAACCCAUCUCGAACUCUGACACGUCUGUUUCACCUCCCUCGGGUUUGGGCUGUGCAACUUUCAAAGCGUUACCAAGUUGGACUUAGACGACUGUCGAUUGCCUAGCUGGCGGUAACAUCACUAACAUGGACCCUUUCCUCAACUUUCCUAGUUUAUAGAGUUUAUGGUUGACCGGUUGUGACUUGCGAAAUACAUACAAAUUGCGUCUUUACUGUCAUGGGAGCUAGCUUGCACCAACUAUGCAUCUAUGAUUUAGAUUGUUCCCAACUGAGAGUGGAUGCACCGGGCUCAAGCUUUACAAUGAAGCUCAGGAUAUCCGACCCCUUUGGUCGUAUGAUUUAACCGUGCCUAGCCUGGCUAAGGGCCGGAUUUGGGUGCAAAGGGAAGUUUAUUAGAGCAAGACUGUGGUUGAGGUCGUUGAUUGGUGUUGUAGCUUACUACAUGGCUUUUGUCAUGCUAAGGGGGUAAAUAUGAGUUUUACUUUUCUAGAGGCUCUAUGUCAGACCUGUGGUUUACUUAUGAAUAGAAGAUCACCCUUUUUUCGGCUGCAAAGCGUACAAGUCUGUGAUCACGAAGAGAGUUGCACCAUUCUGCCUUUAGUGCUCAAUUACUUUUCGAUGGGGCCUGGCUGGAGGAUACCCACUAAGUUUCAAUUUUUAGGGCAACAUAUCGAUUACUAUACUCUAUUGGUUAAGAGUUAAGUGUCUAUUCUGCUUUUUCCCUUGAAGUUAGUUGAAUAUGAG